AUGAAGUUGCCUGCUGAGAAGCGUAAAAAAGGCGAGACGCGCCAGUCAGAAAGCGGUCGCGGCAGUUUGGCAAGCCCAGUUCGCGCAGAGUUCGCCGUCGCUGCAGCGAAACAAGGACACAGGCGCCUCCUUCGCUGCGUAGCCGACGCGAAUUCCCGUCUGCGCCCGCGCGAAGACGAAGGGGGAGAGCGAGGAGGACGCCGCGACAGGCGGAGAGCCGAGAAGAGGCGUCAAAUAAAACUGCUGCUGCGGAGGAAACGAAGCCGCAGGCCAGCGUCGCCAGCGAAGAAGCAGACGGCGAAGCGGGUGCGGGGUGUCACGCCGCAAACAGAAGAGUGGAUCGGCGAGGGCUUCGCCGGAGAAGGCGGACAGACAGGAGGUAGGGACGAGUCAGAAGCGCGAGGUUGUGCGCUGGCACGCGGGCAGACGAGGAGACAGUCGCCGGCUGGAAAAGCCGCGAGGACGAUGCACGAGGGCAACGCAGGCUGGAAGCAGGAGCGGAACGGAGGCGCAAAAAAACAAAGGGGCAUUCGAGCCGGUGAGCGCGAAAUUCGAAACGUGAAAGGCAGAUGCGACGACGCGGAGAGACUCAGCGGCGCAGCGACGGAAAAAGAGUUGAGAAACGCGGACGCACAGAGGCCCCGACAGGCAGGAGGAACUCGCUCCUUCCUCGUUUCUUUGAUUUCUUUGGACUUCUCCUCUUCUAAAAUGGCAGAGAACAACGCAAAUGCCGCCCAGAAGUUUCAGCGCAGCAUCGAGGAGCUUACUGCGCAAAACCCGCAUACAGAUGAUCCCCGAUGCAUGCAAAUCAACCAGAUGAACAACUGCAGCAUGCGCUACGCCAUGUUUGCGCGCUGCUGCAAAGAGUUGGGUGACGACAACACUCGCUGCAAGUACCAGUUCUACCGCGCCCAGGUCGCGUGCCCCAUCGAGCAGAUCGAAAUCUGGGAGGACCAUCGCCAGAAAGGCUCCUGCCACUUCGACCUUCUGCCCGAGUUCUCCACGCGGCACAUGUGGCAGUAG